AUGGAGGAAUUAACCAGCGUUUUAAGUGCAUUUGUUCGAGGAAUUCAGCAGCAACCCCAACAAGCCGCAGCGGCGCCGGUGGUGCCAGCACCCUCUGCGCCAAUUAACAUUCCAGCUUUCGAUCCCUCAAAAAGCGAUGCGGGAGCGAUGGGUUGGUGCGAUGAUAUGGAGACCUUGGCGACCACGUUCGAGUGGACUGAUUUUGAACAGCUUUGCAAAGCCGCGGGUGCCCUGGAAGGUGACGCAAAGGAUUGGUAUGACAACUGGCACCCAUCAAAUAAAGUUUGGGCUAGUUUCCGGGCCGAGCUUUGUCAGCUUUAUCCUGCGAAGAGGAAUCUUAGUGAGCGGUUACGUAAAGCUAGUAUGUACAGAAGUAACCAAGCAACGGGAUAUUGUGAGUACGCAAGGAAAAAAAUAUCUUUGUUAAACUCUCUAGAUUUUAAUUUGAGUGAUAGUCAAAUAGUUGAGAUAGUUAUUGGUGAUAUAACGGACACACAUGUCAAAACAGCUACUUCUAAUAGUAGAGUUGAUUCCAUUUCGACCUUACUUAACUUGCUUAGCAACUAUCAAAUUAAUAAACAAGACUCUCAGCUUCAAGUAGGGGCGCCAAAACGCCCGAAUCCGUUUAAACAUAAUGAUGAGGGAAAAAUAUGUUAUUCCUGUAAAAAACCUGGUCAUAUCAGCCGGAAUCGUUUUAAAUCAUUUAAAUUAUUCAAAUACGAUAAUACUAAUAAGGCGAGAAGCUCAAAUAAUCUGCCAGGUAUUGCGAAACCCUGUGAGAUCUGUAAGAAAUUCGGGCAUAAUUCUGAAAAAUGCUUCUUCAAAAGUCAAAAUAAAGCAGAGAAGUCAUCUCUUAUUUUUCAAAACGUGCUUCAAAGGAGGAAAGUAACUACCACUCAUACGAGCUUGAGACUCUAG